UGAGAAUGCUAUGAGAGAGGGGACCUGGAAUAGGGGGGAAAGUUUUUGGGAGUCAUAUACAACGAACCGCUAAAUUUAGCUUUGAUCGGUAAGAUAAAGUGAGUCGAUUCAGAUGAAUCACUUGAUGCCACACUGAGGAUAAUCAUCAUUAUCUGCAGGAACAAUGGUGAAGAACGUGAACAGUGAGGUGCAGCAUGGACAAAACUCUCUAGAGCAAAAUACACACCAACCUGAACCUGAAAACACACCAGAUGAUGGGGAGGACAGUAAGGAUCACACCGCUGCAGUGGUGCCCGGCGUCCUGUGGCGUGUCACCGGGGGCAUCUUUAAUGUUACUAAGGGUGUUGUCGGGGCGACAGUGGGGGGCGUCGCCUGGCUGGGUGGGAAAGGCCUGGAGAUUACCAAAUCGGCCGUCACCUCUGUACCGUCAGUGGGCGUCGGCCUGGUGAAGGGUGGAGUUUCAGUGGUGACCGGCAGUGUUACCACGGUGACCAGCAAGGUUCCGUUUACAGGGAAGAGGAAGGAUAAAGCAGAGUGAGGAAGAGGAGACUGAUCACCAUGACGACGACGAUGGUGAUGGUGAACUGAGACACACAGGACAAAAACUAUAAAACUGUUUUAAAUGUUAUUAUUAUUAUUAUUAUUAUUAUUAUUAUUGUUAUUGUUUCUCUCUGAUAGGAAUAAAUGCUGGUUCCCAGUAAACGUGUCUCCACUGGUCCCACUACAGGCUAACUGUGGGCAGUGUGAAAAUCAUGUUUAAAAUCCACACGGGGCCUGGAUGGGGUCACCCUCAUUCUUCAGGUUAUAACCAGGCAGCCCAGGGUCAGUUAGGACCAGCUGCUGAUCGACAAUGAGGGGUCAACACUGAGGGCCAACACUGAGGGCCAAGCCUUUUUCAGUGUACAGAUUCCCACAGAGCUCCUGUACAGGUUUAGUGUGACUUGUUUGCUGGGUUAUUUUCUCCUGUAUCUCAUUAUUGUGUUUUAUAUGAACCCUCUUUGUUGUGUUGUUUUAAGAUCCAUCACCUUCAUCUGGACAUAAUAAGAUGUUACACGCAGCUGAUCGACACGUUAAAUAUUUUAUUGUUCAUGCGUCUGUCCUGCAGAGGUGAUCUAAAACAAUCUAAACACCAAAACUGAGACAUUUCAGGUCAAACAUUUCAAAUGAUGAUAAACGUCUGUAACUUAUUUUUAAUGUGAAGAGCAGAUAAAAUCACAAAGCUGUUUCACUGAUGUCUUUAUGUAACAGGACACCGAUCCAAAACACGUUCAUCUAAAAACUGUGAUGUGAAAGAUUUAUAUAAAAGUACAGAAAGUGUUUUUAGCUGCAAAAAAGGGGCAAUUAUUUUUCACAAAG